ACCAGAUUAGCGAUUUUAUGCGUGUGAGUUGAGUCUAGUUUUGAAGUUGCUCAACGCAGUGAGACUUAAAUCGCGCAAAAUUCUUCUACCGGACCAAAAUGAUCCUAACUUUGACCUGCCUGGUAUUAUCGACUAUCUACCAGGUGCGAUCAACUGAAGUGGUGCUGAGAGAAGCUGUAGCUACCAUACAGGGCAAUGGCACCAACUCCGUAAGCGGCGGUGUGUACUUCAAGGAAACUCCAUCCGGGUCUGUAGAAGUUUCCGGAACCGUGACCGGCCUGACUUCCGGAUUGCACGGGUUUCACGUCCACAUGUACGGCGAUCUGACCAACGGAUGUUUGUCUACUGCUGACCACUACAAUCCGCAUAACGUGGCACAUGGGGGCAAAAAUGCAAGCACACGCCACGUGGGCGACCUGGGAAACAUCGAUGGUGGGCAAACAGGCACAGCCUCAAUCCAGAUCAUCGAUUCCGUAAUUUCUUUGAGCGGACCCCAUAGCAUAAUUGGGCGGGCGGUGGUUAUUCAUCAAGACGAAGACGAUUUGGGUUUAGGAGGACAUGAAGAUUCGUUGACCACAGGACGCGCAGGGCCCAGGAUCGGGUGUGGAGUGAUCGGAAUGUUGGGCGAUCCCAUUUCGGCUUCCCAUCAAGUGCUGCCUGCAAUGAUGACCACCUUAGCAAUGUUACUCACAGCAGGGAGGCUUUUGCGUUAAAGCGGGCAAAUGUAUAUUUAAAACAAAAAUCAUAGUCGAUAAGAAGAAAGGUGGAAGAAGUUAUGGGAAAAAUUAACGUAUUUAUAAUGAAACCUUAGAAUGCAGAGCGGGUCAAUGUUGGUUAAAUAAGAUGUGGAACUGGGCAAAUACAAAAUAUGGACCGUUUUA